AAAUAUCAACAAAUCAGAUCAGCUGUGAAGUUAUGUCAAAUUACCGCCUCCGUUCGUUGCCAUCGUGUUCUUUGCCAAAAUCUCCAACUGGAGCCGAGUAAGCGCGAAUGUUGCUCAACUUCGCGUUAAGACGUAGCGUUGCACGUGUCAAAUCAUUUCAAUACUCGCAGGUAAGCAGACUACUUGCGAUGGAAUCUCCAAUAGCACGUUCUCAAAGUUCAAACUUGGAGGAACAAGCUGAACAGCAGCAAACCGAUACCGCACAAGGUCAGCUCGUCCAACUGCCCGCAUCUAGAAAUCGAAAAGUCAAUCUAAAUACCGUACUCUCGCAAGUUGGUGUGGAAUCGCGGCCGGCUAAACCAGCGCCACCACAACUGCGACGCGAAAGACAGCUUCAAGCGGCAAAGAAAAAAUCUACACCUUAUAUACCGGGCAUCGUAAAUUUGCAAGUGUUAGGCGCCGGUGCAAAUGGCUCACCAAGCGCAAUCUACCUAUUCACCGAUCAGGCCCGCUAUUUGUUUAAUUGUGGGGAGGGCACACAGCGUUUAGCACAUGAGCAUAAAACAAAGCUGGCGCGGCUAGAACAUAUUUUCGUUACACGUAACACAUGGCCCAUGGUAGGUGGAUUUCCUGGUCUAGCAUUAACGGUACAAGAUGCGGGCGUUAAGGAAAUGGCUUUGCAUGGACCACCGCAUUUAGAUAGCGUGCUGCACAGUAUGAAGCGUUUCGUAGUGCUCAAGACGCUGAAGGUAAACACACGGGAUUGCACAGAGCAGUCGGAUUUUGAAGACACCGUCAUGAGCGUCAAGUAUGUGCCGCUGUAUAAGCAGCAAACAGCAGCACCCGAUUCAAUAGAUGCGCACAACCAAAUGGUGGUUGCGUACAUUUGCAGACUUAAACCACGUCCAGGUGCACUUAAUUUAGUUAAAUGCGUUGAGCGUGGCGUGACACCUGGUCCGCUGCUAGGUCAACUUAAGAACGGUAUUGACGUUACCCUACCCGAUGGCACCGUUGUAUAUUCAAAAGAUGUUAGCGAACCCAGCGAAACGGCGCUUUCGUUUGUAUUUUUGGACGUACCGUCAGAAGAGUAUUUGGCUGCACUACAAGCAGAGGCGGGAGUCUUUCAAAAACUGCAACAGGAUACCGAAAAUGAGGUGGCGCUGGUUGUGCACUUUACACCAGCUCAUAUGCUGGAAAAUAACUGUUAUCGCGCUUUUAUGGAAAACUUUACACAACGCACCCAACAUAUGUAUCUCAAUUCGCCGCGCAACACUUUCUCCGGCUACAUAGCAGCGCAUCGCAUACAAUACCAAUUGAACCAAUUAAAUGCUCGCACAUUUCCACUGCUUGCAGAGGCGCUGGAGUCUUGCAACAGCAUGAAUAUCAGCACUAAAUUAAAGAAAACAAAGUUGAGUGAAUCGGCGAAUGAAGAGAACAGCGCUGGAGAAUGUGCGAAUGCGGAUGAUGCCUUGACAGAAACGCAAGCAACCAUAAACUCCCUCACAAACUUCCACUUGCGACCGCGUAAAGGCCUGGACCGAAGUACCGAGGCGCAGCUGAACCCCAACGAAUAUAUUAACGAGACACAGGCAUUGGCCGACUUCCCCGCAUGCCUGAGCAAGCUAAAAACCGAACUGCAAACUGUUCCAGCGCCUAAUUGCACAUCUCAGUACCCCAAAAUAACCUUCCUCGGCACAGGCUCCUGCAUACCAAACAAAACACGCAACGUGAGCGCUAUAAUGAUACAGCCCACCGAGAACUCCUACAUGUUACUCGACUGCGGCGAAGGUACACUCGGCCAAAUUGUGCGCUUCUAUGGCAAACAGCGUGCUGAAGAAGUUGUACGCAAUCUCAAAGCAAUCUACAUCUCGCAUCUCCAUGCAGACCAUCACAUCGGCCUUAUUGGGUUGUUGAAUGAGCGUCAAAUAUUGCUCCAGCAAGUAAAUGUGCCACUGGCUGAGCAGAAAGUGUUACUCUUUGCACCAGUACAAAUACAACCGUGGCUAAAUUUCUACAAUGAGCGCAUUGACAGCAUCGCGGAUGCCUACACACUCAUCGGCAAUGCAGAAAUGUUGGAGAAGCCCUUGGAUUUGCGCGAGACGCGUGCCGACUUAAGCAUUGAUGCGGUGGCCACUUGCUUGGUGCGUCACUGUCCACAUUCCUAUGGCGUUAGUCUCACGCUGCCAGCAACAGCAGGCAGAAAUGAGCCUGUGAAGAUCACCUACAGUGGCGACUCAAUGCCAUGUCGGGAUCUAGUUGAGCUCGGCCGCAAAUCCACGGUGCUGAUACACGAAGCGACCAUGGAGGAUGAUUUGAUGGAUGAGGCUAAACAUAAAAUGCACAGCACAAUAUCGCAAGCGAUCGCACAGGGCCGUGAGAUGCAGGCGCAACACAUCAUACUCACACACUUCUCUCAGCGUUACGCUAAGCUGCCACGCAUGCAGCAGUUGGUGGGUGGAGGUGAAGCGAAAGACGAUGAAAUGCGUAAUGUAGCGAUAGCAUUCGAUAAUAUGCAAGUGACGCUGGGUGAUUUGGAGCACUUUCAUCUCAUGUAUCCUGCAUUGCAUGCGCUCUUUGCGGAGCAUGCUGAGGAGCUGGAACAAAAGGCGUUGAAACGUGAGUUGAAGUUGGAAAGAAAACGGAAGUUGUUGAAUACGGACUGAGUGGGAAGACGGUGUGGUAAUUACAAGUAAUUAGUUUAAAAAAGCUGCGUUUUCGAUUUUGUUAUAAAGAGGGUAAAUUAUGCUAAGUGUGUUAACAAUGCGCUUUUAAAUUUAUUUGUAAGCUAUAAAUUUAUAUGUAUGUAAGUAAAAAUGAAUAUGAAGAAAUACAUAUAUAGUAUGUAUUAAGAAGAUAC